AUGAAGAAAAGGGACGCGUUAAGGUGUAUGCACGCUUUGUGCGCCUUGUUCCUGUUGGGGGCUGAAGCGAAUUGCAAUGAAGUGGGGCUUCUUUCAGGGAAAAGCAGAGUUAGCCGCGCAGUUGGGCGGGGAGGAAGUAGUGCCAACAAUAGCGUCAAGAAUAUCUGCAGGAGCAGGAGGGGAGCCGCUGUGAAGCGUUACCUGAGGGGGGAUUCCCCCCAACCGGAAUGGAACAAAAAGGGGAAACAAGACCAAGUGAGUUACUUCAUAACACCCCGGGGGCAGCACUUGAGAGAUUUGGACCAAGGGACAAAAAGGAAGAUCAAGCGGACCACGCGUAGCAAACGGGUCGAACAUACUGGCCAGACCAAACAAUUCGCGCUACACAUGGAUAAGGGGGACCCCAACGACUACAUGUUUAGCCUGAUGAAGGGGGAGGGGAAGAAUAACCGGGAGCAGACUUUCCCUAAGGAAGUUACAAACCAGUAUGGACAAAAAAAACCGAGUGUUGAUGCGGCAGCGGAGAAUCGCCCCCCCCUGAAGGAAGACGACGUAACCUACAAGUAUGUAGAAGAAAUGGAAGCAAAAAAAAUUAACAUCAGAGGAGUGGAUAUAGAAUAUCGAGUGUAUAAUUUAGAAGAAGGAAUAUACAUUGUGGAUAAUGCAAAUUAUGAGAAAAUAAAAAAUUUGUGGGACAAAGACGAAUUGAAGAAGGCCAAAGAAAACUUCCAAGGAUCUUUUGGUAUAAAAAGUCAGGGCAUUAAAGAGGAGGACUGGAUAAUGCUACCACUAGAUUAUGAAGAAGAUAAAAAUAUCAAGUUGGUGAAGGCAGACUUUGACAACCCUACGUAUGAUUAUAUAAUUACGUACUAUGACAAAGAACGGAAUUAUUACUUUGAAUAUAAAAGGAGAAAUUAUUAUAAGCCUUUUCGGAACACAGUACAUGAGACACCACCAUACAAAUCAGAGUUAGAGGAAGACAGAAGAUAUUAUGGGAAAGAAAUAGUCAUACCUAAGAAAAAGCUAGAUAAUGAAAUUUUUAGGCAGCCAAUGUUAAGUGAUGUUUUGACAGGGGGGUGCAAUAGAGAACCCAUAGGAUUAGAAUCAUGGAGGUAUGUAAAAUAUCCAUAUGGAAAUUUAAUUGAGUAUCAGAAAUAUAGCCAACUUUAUUGUGUAAAAAAAAAUGGGAAAGAUAAACCCCCUAUGAGAUACCAUUAUUUGGGGAAUAGCAAUUUAGCUGUUUCUGAAAUUUGCUUAGGGACCAUGAAUUUUGGAAAUUAUGUGGAUCAGAAAGUGGCCCAUGAAUUAUUUGAUUAUGCUUAUGAGGAGUUCCAGGUGAAUUUUUUUGAUACGGCCGAAAUAUAUCCUUUGCCUGUUAGCGAGAAUUAUUUUGGGUUGUCGGAGGAGAUUUUAGGAAACUGGAUUAAGUCUAAGGGGAAGGCCAACCGGCACAAGUUUGUUAUCGCAACGAAGAUAUGCGGCAGGACGGAUAAGAUUCCUUGGGCUAAGAAGUACAAGCGGGGGGGCGCCACUGGAACAGCUGCCCAUACACAUGGCAACCGUGAUCAGGGCAGCCAUGAUCAGGGCAGCCGUGACCAGAGUGCCUACUCCAAGGAGGAGAGCAAAAGUCCGAUGGAAAAGCUCGAGGAGCUGAAAAGAAAGGAGGAAUUAUAUUUAAAAAAGGACUACGAAGCGGUGGAAAAGAUGAAAGAAAUGGAGAAGUGGAAGCAGAGUCAGAGAGAUGACAACCUGAUCACACUGAGCAAGGAAAAUAUCAUUUCGAGUGUGGAUAACUGCUUGUUGAGACUGAAGACGAAUUACAUCGACCUACUGCAACUGCAUUGGCCAGACAGGUACUAUCCUAAUCAGUCUUCCGGAGAUUAUAGUGAUGUGAUUUACGACUAUAACAAGUACUAUGACGACUUUGUGCCUUUUGUAGAGCAGCUGCAAGCAAUUAAUGAGUUGAAAAAAAAAGGAAAAAUUCGAGAAUGGGGACUAAGUAAUGAAACUCCUUUUGGCUUACUCAAAUUUUAUGAUUUAUGCAAACAGUUACAAAUAUCUCCACCCGUAUCGGUGCAGUUAGAAUACAAUUUAUUGUGUCGUAAUGAUGUAGAAAAAGGUUUUCUUGAAAUUUGUAGACCCCAAAAUACUAAUGUUUCCAUUUUGGCUUAUUCCCCUCUUUGUGCUGGCAUUUUAACGGGCAAAUAUUUAGAGUACACGGAUUACACCACGAAGGGGAGAAUGCAAAAGUUUCCUUCCUACAUGAAGCGGUUGCGAGGAUCCCUAGCUACUUAUAUCAUUCGGGAGCUGUAUUAUUUAAGUCAGAAGUACUACUUCCCCAACCUGACUGUGGCCGCCUUAAAAUGGGUGUACACACGAUCGUUCGUCACGUCCACCGUUAUUGGUGUGUCUGACUUCCUGCAGCUGCGCGAGAAUUUGUACUCGCUCACGGAGGACGUGCUGUUUACGGACAAGCUGGAGCGCGAGAUAAACGCGCUACAUUGGAAGUUCAGGGACCCCAUCAGGAUCAUCCAGUGA